AUGUCGGAGAGCAAGCGCCGGCGCAGAGAGGCGGACGAGCGGAGGGACGAGCGGAGAGAUGAGCGGAGAGAUGAGCGGAGCCUCCGGAGGGACGAGCGGAGAGACGAGCGGAGGGACGAGCGGAGGGACGAACGGAGAGACGAACGGAGAGACGAGCGGAGGGACGAGCGGAGGGACGAACGGAGGGACGAGCGGAGAGACGAACGGAGAGACGAACGGAGGGACGAACGGAGGGACGAACGGAGACGGCGGGAGUCUAAGGAGGAGCUGGAGAAACUCACGAAACACACGAAGAAGCUCAACGAGGAGGUCCAGAAGCUGAAGCACUUCGAGACUUUUUAUGAGAAGCCCCCUCCUGGCCUGAUAAAGGAGGAAGAGGUGAGGCCAGAGGACUGCAUUCCCAACACGCCGGGAAAUGAAGAUGCCAGGGAUUUCCUGGCCCACGCCCCAACCAAGGGGCUCUGGAUGCCUCUGGGAAAAGAGGUCAAAGUCAUGCAGUGUUGGCGAUGUAAGCGGUACGGACACAGGACAGGAGACAGAGAGUGCCCCUUCUUUAUCAAAGGAAAUCAAAAGCUGGAGCAGUUCAGAGUUGCACAUGAAGACCCAAUGUAUGACCUGAUCAGAGAGAACAAACGCAAUGAAAAAGAAUCACGGAUACGACAGCUCCAGCAGCUGCUGCAGGACACCACGUCUGACUCUGACAGCAGCGCUAGCAGCUCCUCUUCCUCCAGCUCAGACCGCAAGCGAAGAAAGAAGAAAAAGAAGAAAGAGAAGAAGAAAAAAGAAAAGAAAAGAAAGAAGAAACGGAAGCACAAGUCCUCCAAGGGUGAUGACAACUCUGGGUCGGAUUGAUGUAUGGGAUGUAGAUGGUCUCCAGCCUGGGGUUUGCGAGUGAUUCAUUCUUCACCCUGAGCAUACGGGCCAUUGCAGAGGGUGCUGUGUGCUUCCUGUGGAGACUGUGGAGGGGGCUCUGGCAGUGCUCUGCCCCCCCCAGUGCCAGUCUCAGUAAUACAUGGGCGCUUAGCUCCCAAUUCAUUCCGGGUGAAUGGGGUAAUUAGGCAUCGACUCCAUAUGGAGCAGCUAUCAGAGCUGUGCUGCCACUCCUGAAUGUGCUUUCCCAGCAGUUUCUCUCAUUAGGAACAUGUUGUCAAACAGUUUUUGUUGACACGCAACUGAAAUGUGUAAAUGUAUGUGGUACAUGUAAUGACGUGUCGUAUGCAGAUGGUGAGUUACUUCAUUUAUCUUACCAUUGUUUCCAUUGUGCUUCUCCAUUGAAUUAGUUAUUGAAAGUUUUUUUUGAAAACGUGGACUUGUAUGCUGAACAAGGGAUAUGUUUUACUUUAUAAGAAUGCCUGCUUAUUGCCCUAAUGCUACAAGUAUAUUAAUAAAAAUGUAUAUAGUUUAAAAUUAAUGGGUGGAAAAAAAAUUCCAGAGUAAGCUAUUUUUGGUCUUGUCUUUACCCAUUUGCUUUUAACCAGGAGUACUUUUUUCAUUCACUAAAUGAGUCUUCAUAUAACAUUCCAUUGUAAAAAUGAGCAAUUACUGUCAGGGACUUGAAAGUCUUGGCACUAUUAAUCCUUCAGUCUAAACAAAAGACUUUUGUUUAGAUGCAGUGAAAGUCUGAGAAUAAUAUAUGAAAACUGCUGCUGGCCUGUCUUUGUUAAAGAGAACAGUACAUCUGCACACACUCGCCAAAAUUUGAUGGUGCGAAAUGGCAGCUCCUCGCUUUCCUCUCUUCACCCC